AUGGCUAUGGAGAUCGGUGCGCGUGUUGAAGCGCAUUCACUCGUCAAUGCGAAGCAGUUGAAUGGACUUGUGGGCAAAGUUUGUGCUUUGGAAGGGGAUCGAGUAGGCGUUGAUUUUGGUGCACCGCAAGGUGCCAAGGCACUGAAGCCUACGAACCUGCUAGUUCUGCCGGCGCAGAAACUGCCAGUAACAGUCCUUAGCGGAUUUCUUGGAGCUGGAAAGACGACGCUGCUCACGCACAUUCUGACGAAUCGCGAAGGUCUUCGUGUUGCCGUACUGGUGAAUGAUAUGGCAUCCAUCAAUGUAGACGAAGAGUUGUUGAAGCAGGGUGUGCAGUUCAGCGAAAGCAAAGACAAGAUGGUCGAGUUGCACAAUGGCUGCAUUUGCUGCACUCUCCGGGAUGACUUGAUCAAGAGUGUCCGUGACCUGGCGCUGGAGAACCGCUUCGACUACUUGAUCAUUGAAAGCACCGGGAUCUCCGAGCCGCUACCUGUGGCGACGACCUUCGUCGCCAAGGGCGAGUCGGGAAAACCGCUCCUCGGAGAGCUUGCUACUCUAGAUACAUGCGCCACGGUCGUGGAUUGCGCGAACUUCCUCGCCGACUACCAGAGUUUGGAGAAGGCAGUGGACAGAAAGGAGCUGGGAGCGGAAAAAGGCGAUCAGAGAACCAUCGUCGACUUGCUGAUUGACCAGGCAGAGUUUGCGAAUGUCUUGGUCCUGAAUAAAACCGACCUCGUAUCCUCUGAAGAACUCGGGAAUCUCAAAGAGCUACUGGGGAAGCUGAACCCGGGCGCACGCAUCAUCGAGAGCCAGCACGGAGCGGUGAAUCUUGAGUUCCUCCUCAACACAAAGACCUUUGAUCUGGACUCUGCAAGCAUGCACCCAGGCUGGCAGACUGAACUGAGCGGAGUCUCGCACACGCCGGAGACGGAAGAGUAG